AUUACUUGACACCACGUAUGACCUUAUGUUAAUUACUUACCCUUACUUUUUACGUAAUAAGAUAAGGUUGUAAUAAACACUACAUUUGACUUCCGGGUUACCAAAAUAGCAUGAGGGGAAGAGGGGAAGAAACCCUCCUCUUCAUCAAUAGCUACUUCUCGACCUUUUUUUUUUUGUUUAAGGAGAGAUCUUGUCUGACUUCUAAGGCUCUAAGACUUUGGUCCAGUUUGUUUGGUACGUAAAACUAGGUUCUCUUUUUAUCUUUUAGUAUUGGAUUUGAUACGUUGUUUUCAUUGUUUAAUGGCAAAUCUCAUUGCUGUAGUAAAUUCGGAUCGGUUUUGGAUCGUAGAGUGUUAAGAUAUAAACCAUCUGUGCUCGAUAUGUUUACAAUUUUAGUAAAACCCUAAGAAUUCUAUUUAUUUAUUUUCAGAUUCUUUAAUCGCAGCUUUUCAUCAACAACCAUGCUACAAUCUGCAAUAAAAAAGAAGACAUCAUCAUCAUCAUCAUCAUCAUCCGUUUCCAUGAUGCCAGACUGGUCUCGUCUGCCAGAGGAGCUACUGCACAUUAUAUCCGAGAAUGUGGAGGACUGUUUCGAUAUUGUUCAUGCUCGUUCUGUUUCCAACUCGUGGCGAUCCACAUUUUCCUUUCCUUGCACGUUACGCCGCCAAAGUUACUCUCUUCCUUCCUUCGCCAACUUCCCUAGCGAAAGCAAAGACUUGUGCACCCUUGAGAAGAUCCCUUUGUUCCUCUUUAGAGUCCAAACUCCUCCUCCUGCCUCUGCUUCUGAGUAUUUUCUAGGAGGGAUAGGCCGAGAUGAGUCGGAUCUGACAGAACUUCCAUCUCCUCUUCAGUGUUCAGUGAAAGUGAAGAUCCCAGGAUCUGAUCCAACUUUGAUGAACAUGCGUGACGGCCAGGUCUUCCCUCUUGGCCAUCAGUACAGAAUCAGUUGUGAUUCUAAAGACUACAGAACCGUAGCUUUUCUUCAGCUAAACCAGGAGGGAAGAGAAGAAUUCAUUGUGCUUCUCGGCUUCGGUAGAUUUUUUUUGGCGUUAAGAAGUUUUGAAAUGAAGUGGAAGCUGGUUAUGGGAUUCAGAACUCCUUCAUCUGACGAUAUAGUAACUUUCAGAAGCAGGUUUUAUGUAACCGUUCGUGAUACGAGUAUGACUAUGAUGUAUACUUUCAGGAUAGAUCCUUUCUCGUUGCGCAUGACUCCCUUGAUGCCCAUGAAACCUGUGGGCUCACUAAAAUAUCUGGUGCCAUGUGGCAAUGAUGACGAACUUUUCAUGGUUGAGAAAUUCCUCUGUUUUUCUAAUGUAUUAGAUUUUUGUCGGUUAACAUGCAAAGUGAGUAGGCUACAAGAGGAGACGGGUAUAUGGGUUGAGGUCAGUGACUUAGGAGACCGCGUGUUGUUUAUUGGACGCUUUGGAAAUGUCUCAUGCUCGGCUAAGGAGCUUCCUGAUGGUUGUGGUGUGAGUGGGAACUCAAUUCUGUUCACAAAUGAGCUAGACAGUGGAACAUCCGUCUAUAAAUAUGGAGUGGAUACAGGAAGAGAGGAAGAUGAUAUCAACUGUUGGAGUUUCUCAGGAGAGAAUCGUGUGACUAUCCUCAGUACAUCUCCCGUGGUGAGUUUCCGUGUUGAACACUAAGCGGGUAGAAAUUUUACAUUGGACUUCGUCAUAUGUUGGUGUUGUUUUUUAUUUGUUGAAAACAAUGUUUUUUUUAUUGGACUUAGUCAUCUGUUGGUUCUGUUUUUAAUACUUAAGGUUAAUUUUUUCAUGAUUCUUGUUUUAGUAUAUUUUACUAUUUUAGUUCUAAACGUUAGGGUAGGACGUCGAUACUUGUUACUUGGUUUAUCUGUGCUACUUGAUUCGUACCCUUGAAAAAUUAAGUGUUCGGCGUUGUUAAUUCAAGUAAUAAGUCCACGAAGUUUAAUAUAUGCAAAAAUAAAUCAAGUAUCAAGUAUCACGACUUUUUCAAACGAUCGGCCGUUAUUUGUUUUAUUACUUGGCGUUGGUGUUGGAUCUAAAAAUAUGUAUUACCCAUUAAAAUAAUUUUUUAACUACUGCACUGUAAUAAAAAAUCAAAAAGAAUAUUAGUUUUAGGUAUUUAAUGACACACUAAAGAAAAUUACUUGAACGAACUAGAUAGAGUAACAUGUAUAUGAAAAUAAAAGUAUUUAUUCCAAAUUUAACUAUACUUAUAAGUUUCGGUACAUUUCAUAUUAAAAUUUUAAAUAUAAAUAUCAAAUAUUACCAAACAACUUCCAAAUAUUUUAAAAUAAAGACAAGUGCUUGACUAACAAAGUACUUGAUUGGAACACGUACAAAUACAAGCCACAAAAGUAUCUAUCUUAUUAAAGUAAAAGUAUCUUUAGAAAUUGUUUGGAAAUAUGUAUAGCAGUAAGAAAAAAAAAUAUAAUAUUGUUUGUAAAUAUGGAUAUCAGUAUACAUUAAGAAAAAAAGUAAUAAGCUUAUGUUAUUAAAAAAAAUUGAAAAUUCAUUAUGUUAUGAAAAACUAUAUAUCUACCAACUUUAAAAUAUAUGAAAAUACCCCAAUCUAAUUACCUAAAAAAAUCUUUUUUUCUAAAAUAGUCAUAAAACAAAAUUUAAACUUUAUAUACAUAUUU